UUUUGAAAUGACGUAUAACAACAUGGCGCUCUCGGGGAAUGUUGGUGUUUGAUUGUGUUACACAGUUGAUUUAAAUGUUAGCUUUCACGUCGACCGUUUGGUCUUUGCUUAACAAUGACUGUAAUCCACGUCUUAGCAAAAAUGUUAGCCCAGGAAAGGUCCUUUCUUUUAUCAGAAGGACGAUGAGACAAGAGUGAAGCGAAUCUUGCCGUAUAAAUAUAUAUAUAUUUACCGGGAGAACUCGAAAGGCAGACGCAAAACACCAAGAAUGCGUUCGUCCUUGUUGAUCUAAUUUAAUAUUUGUAACACUACGUUUGUAAUCCUGUAAAUAUCUGUAUAUGUGGUAGUUCUCUGUCGAGGACUCGGAGAAGAGACGAAGAACUAGACUAAGGAUGGAAAAUCGACAUGGAUAUUUUGUGUUGCUGGUGGUUGUUGUUCUGCACUUGGCGUUGUUAAUCGAAGGGGCUCCACUUCCGGAGUACGGUGCAGGGGAAGCAGCUGCAGGCAAAGUUCAUAUAUCCUCUCUGGCUCUGUCUGUGUCUGGAUUGGUUCUGUUGAUAAUCCUGGUUGCGAAUUGUGUUUCCUGCUGCAAGAAGCAAGAAAUCGAUUUCAAGGAGUUUGAAGAUCACUUUGAGGAUGAGAUUGAUUUCACCCCCCCAGCUGAAGACACUCCUUCGAUUCAGUCACCUGCUGAGGUUUACACACUCGCUGUCUCCCCUGUACUUCUGCCUGGACCCCCUCACCUUCAACCACCCAGGAUAGCAGAUGGAUCUACAGCUUCACAAGUUACACGUCACAGUCUGAGUUAUAUCCAGGAAAUCGGAAACGGCUGGUUUGGGAAGGUUCUUCUUGGUGAGAUCUAUACGGAUCCCGGAGUAGCCAGUGUCGUAGUGAAGGAGUUAAAGGCCAACGCCAGCGGCAAAGAACAAAAUGAGUUUCUGCAAAAUGGAGACCCAUACAGGGUUUUGCUGCACCCCAAUAUACUUCAGUGCCUGGGGCAGUGUGUGGAGGCAGUCCCCUUCCUCUUGGUCUUCGAAUUCUGUGAACUGGGUGACCUGAAGAGCUAUCUGCUGAGCCAGGAGGAGCGGAUCUAUGGGAGCUCGGAGCUUCUCCAGCUGCAGAAGAUGGCCUGCGAGAUUGCUGCUGGAGUUGCCCAUUUGCACAAACACAAUUUUGUGCACAGUGACUUGGCUUUGCGGAAUUGCUACGUUACCACAGAUUUGACUGUCAAAGUCGGUGACUAUGGAAUAGGAGCCAGUAAGUACAAGGAGGAGUACAUUAUCACUGACGAGGAACAGGCUGUGCCCCUGCGCUGGACUGCCCCCGAGCUGCUGGGAGAGAUCCAUGGUGGGGUGGUAGCUGCAGAUCAAACCAAACCUGGCAAUGUGUGGGCCCUGGGUGUCACACUGUGGGAGCUAUUUGAAAACGCCACCCAACCGUACCCUCACCUUUCAGACAGGGAGGUGCUAAUCCAUGUCAUAAAGGAACAACAAAUUAAACUCUUCAAGCCCCAGCUGGAGCUGCCUUACUCUGACAGAUGGUAUGAGGUGCUGCAGUUCUGCUGGCUUUCUCCAGACAAGAGGGCCACAGCUGAAGAAGUGCACAGGUUGCUCACAUAUCUCCGCAUGCAAGGCCAGAAGGAGUCCGAGGAGGACUUUGAACAGAGGUGGAACGCUCUCAAACCAAACCCCAGCAACAGACCAUCCACCAUAAGCCACUCUUCUUUCCCCAUCCUGGAGCAGUUUGUGGACGACGGGCUCCACCGCGAGAUGGAUGAAAUCCUGACAGUGACGGAGACCAGCCGAGGGCUCAGUUUCGAGUACAUCUGGGAGGCAGCCAAGCUAGACCACUUUGAGGACCAGAGCCCCUCCAGCAUGGACACAACUAUGAACUACCACAGCAUGUUCUUCCCCGUUCCCCCCUAUGAGAAGCCAGUCUUCUCCGAGCCUGGCACAGUGAAGGGGGGUGAUGCAGGGAGGCGGGCUUCCUCUGCUGGAGUUCCUGGGGAGCUUCCUGUCUUUGACGCCCACAAACCAGCAGUGGGGAGCGAAUACUACAUCCAGUUAGAGGAGCAAGGAGAGAACAACCUGGAGGUAGAUGAAAAUCAGUGUCCUACAGGCCCACAGGACAACAAUCGAGAGGUUCCCCAGGACAAGCGUUCGCAGCAGUAUGUUGUCCUUCGGGAUAUACGCUUGGAUGAAUCCAGCACAGAUGCUGAUUUCUUCCACCGGAGCAUAGACUCCAAGGACUCAAAUUUACCAGAGAGCCAAGUUGGGUCACAUGCUUCCAGUGAUCUAGAAAGCCCCUAUCACACUAACAUUUUUAGUGAAAGCACGCAAUUGGAAGAUGCAUCCUGGAACAGGGGCUUCUUUGAGCUACCUGAACUGAACGUGAAUCACCUACAAAGGACCUCUGGCACCCAGGAGUCUGGCUUAGAGUUCGGAGCAAAUAGAAAAGAAAGAGACUUCGGUUCCUCUUUUUUAGGAGGUGAUCAGGAAAACGUUUACAUGGAAAGUAUUACAGAACAACCUAAUGAUAUGCGGUUACUGAGUUCUGAAAAACUGUCAGAUAACUACUUAUUUCUCAAGGAGAAAAACUUAAUGAAGGAUCCCUCAUCUUCCUCUAGAAAUAGCAUGGACUUAAGAUCCGAACUUUUAGAUGCUGAUUCGAAUAGCUUCCCAGAUAUCAGUUUUAAAACGGAUUCUGGGGACAGUUUAGGUAACAAAGAUUUGAACCUUGAUGGGCCAGCAAGUCAUUUAAUGUAUGGGAGUGUUAAAAGUUUCUCAAAGGAAGAAUGUUUGAACUUUCGUCGUAGUCCAGAUUUCAUAGUUCAAGAAACACUGUUGCCUUCAUGUUCACCAGUUAUAGCUGAAAGCUGUAGUGACACACUACAGAGUAGUAACUCCUUCAAUGAAGAAUGUGUUUUACUCGAAUCCUCGAAAGCGGGGACUCAUUUUCCUCUCAAUUCUACCUCUAAGAGUGCUGAUGUCUCAGCAAGUCCCACCAACGGCCACGAAUCCCCUCUGUUUCGGGAAAGUGCCACUCAUGACAGUUCGUGCAACGAUGCCAAAAAUCACAGCCUUCUAGAAGGUGUACGAAUGUCAGAAGAAAAUGCACCUGAAAUUGUAAUCAAAGAACCUGCAAAGAAUGCAAGCCAUGGGUCAGAUUCUGCACAUAUCAGCAAUGCUGGCUUGGAAAAUGGCCUUAAAAUGAGUUACAAGAAUGAACACUUGAUCAGCAACAUGGUUAAAGACGUUAAGAGCAGCGGCGUCCUGUCUGCAAAUUCGCUGCUGGAACAAAACAACGAUUGCUCAUCUGAGCCGUUAAUAACCUUCGAAACUAACGAUAUAUCAGAAGAUGCAUCCUCGCAUUUGGCUUCUGCUCCUUUUUCGGACCAGAUAAGCCAAGACAGCCUUCUCGAUGACAGUGAAUCAACGACUCUGUUGACAAUCGAGCAAUCGGCUGAAACGCCUGACUCGUUGGAUUCACUGGACGUUCAUGGCUUAGUUGGUCCAUCUGAAAACCUGAAUGCCGUUAAUCAGAAACUCCAGCCACCUUAUAAAACCGCGGACAGUGGCUAUGAAACUGAGAAUCUGGAAUCUCCUGAAUGGAAUUCCCAGUCUGUUGGUAAGGGGCCUUCUCCCGUUGAAACCGUGCUAAACACAAAUGUAGAACAGGUUCCUGCUCCUUUACCACCUCCAGCCAUCAUCAUUUCAGAGGUGGAUACUGUAAUGGAUAUGGAUGUAGAGGAUGCAGAGAGCAGUGCACGUCAAUUCCAGACUGGGGCUCCACUGGAAUUGUUCUCAAAUGCCAGCCAAAACUCAUAUCGGGACUCUGCAUACUUCUCAGAUAAUGAUUGGGAGACAGAUAAAAAGUCUGAAGACAUCAACAGUAACUCUAACUCUAAUGACACUACCCUCCUCACCAGUGAGGACAACGGACCCAGUGUACACACUGACACUAAAAACACCUGCAGUGUCGGAAUUAUGGCAUGCCCAGAAGAGAAGAUGCAAGCAUCAGAAGUUCUUGUCUCUUUGCAGGCACAAGAGGCUGAACCAGUUAACAGACUUCAGGAGCAAUCAGCAGAAGUAAGGAAUGCAGUAUCGCAGGUCUUAGACUUCAAAGGCAACAGUCUGCCACGGCUGGUACACAGAAUGGGAGACGACUUGAAUGCAGAAGCUAAGGUUGCUAUUGAUGGCAGUGAUGUGUUGGACAUCAAGACACCAGAACCCCUUGCUGAUGUUGAAGCCAGGAUUCGGGGCAGUACACCUGAACCUGUAGACGUGCCAGCUGUCUCAGUCGACAUGCAGCAGUCUAACUCAUCAGGGGACAAGGUGAAUAAAAAGUUGGUGACGUCCUACCAGAACGAAGGUCUGAAGCUUAAGGAACCUGAUGUCGAAGGGAAAUACUUGGGCAAGUUGGAUGAUUUGGAGCACUCAGAAGCUGCGGAGGAUGGGAUUGAUGCUGACGAGGAGGAUGAGAAUAGCGACGACUCGGAUGACGACCACCAAGGUUUUAAUCUGCUCAGCGAGAGUUCUGAGAGCGACGAUGACACCGUGUAUCCCGUCCCCAUUGUGGUGACCGAGAACGAUGAUGGCAGGGACCUGAAAAGCCUGUUAAAGCUGACGCCUCCCCUAGCCGCACAGUCAACCAAACAGACCCAUUCUGAACCAAACAGAAGGGCUGUGUCGUUCUUUGAUGAUGUCACUGUUUAUCUUUUUGACCAGGAUACUCCAACAAAGGAGCUGGGUGACCACUCGGCCAGUUCAAACAGCCAAGUGUCUGAGUUCAGCAGCCCUGUACCCUCUUCCAGUCCUGGUUAUCUGAACCGCUUCACCCACUCGGAAAGCUCUACAGAUGAAGAAGGUGGUGGCUUUGAAUGGGACGAUGAUUUCUCUUCUCCGGAGCCCUCGUUCAUCUCCAAAGCGGCCAGUCACCUGAUCAUUUCCAAGGCGUCUUCUCCAGUGUCGUCCCAGUACUUCUCUCCCCCGCCACCCCCUCACACCACGGAGCAGAGCUGGGCGAGCUCCUCCCCAUACUCUCGCUUCUCCAUCUCUCCAGCCAGCAUCGCCAGCUUCUCACUCACACACCUCACCGACUCCGACGUUGAGCAAGGAGGCGAGUUCUCCAACCUCAGGUUACUCUAGAGCAGGGGUGUCAAACUCCAGUCCUUGAGGGCCGCAGGGUCUUCUGGUUCUCAUUCCAACUUAAGCUCUCAACUAACCUAAUUGAUCUAAUUAUUUAUUCAAUUGGACAUGUUUUAAUAAUCUUUCAAUGUCUUUUAUCGUUGAGGAUUUAAAAAAAUGCACUUGAUUCAAGGUACACUACCUAUGAAACAUUUUUGAGGCCUGGAGAGAAGUGUUACGUUUGUCCAAUUAAUCAAAUAAGUAAUUGAGAGCUCGGGUGGAACAAAAGCCAAAAAACACUGCGGCCCUCCAGGAACUGAGUUUGAGACCCCAUCUCCUAGAGCCAUUCUGAUCCUUGUUACAAAAUGCUAGGUUACCAAAAAUGGCAGGUUCUUGAGUAUUCGUUGGUACACCUUUUUUUGUUGUGAACCAAUAUUUUCUUUGGUACAUAUUGUGGUAUUUUAACCAUAUGUAUGUAAUAAUCUUCUUGAUAGGUUAAAUAUUAUUAUUAUUAUUAUUAUUAUUAUUAUUAUUAUUAUUAUUAUUAUUAUUAUUAUUAUACUAUGGAUCACAACUGCUGCAGUCACUUACAGUAGGACCUCGGUUUUACGUCUCAUCCGAAAGACGGAGCACAAGGGUUUUACUUAUAGUCAUAACUUUUUUCUGAAAUGAGAGCUGUUUUGCUGUGGCACAGUACAAACUUUUAAUGAGGUAGUAAAUGGCUUACUACAUGUGGAAAAACACCACAACAGCUGUAGGUUCAGUUUUAAAAAGGACGACUUCAUUGUCAUGAUGACAUAAGAUGCAAUGCUUAUUUUAGUUUAAUCUGUUACCUUGAACACAUGGAAACAGUGACUUGUGCCUCUUUCAGUUUUAUGAUUUCAAAUGAGUCAUUGUUUAAUGGAUAGCACUCAGGGCUUUAAUGUUUUUUUAAACAGCUGAGGAACAUCUGCCAUACAGUAUGAAAUAGUCAAUAGACAUAAUCUCCAGUUUCUCAGAGAUGCAGGUCCAUUGAUUCAUUUCAGAAUAAUGUUCUUUUUAAUUUGACAGCAGUUUAAUUUUGAUCUAUAAUGUAAAGCAUCGCGAGUGGUAAUUGUAUGAAUGAAAAAUAAUUAAUAUUGAUCUGAUUUUAUAGGCAUUUCUUAUCUAUAACAGGAUUUUACAGUGGUUCUAACUAUUGGCUUUUCUUUGAGGGAGGGUUCAAAUGGAACUGUAAGAUAUUAUCGGGUAAAUGUAUACAAGGCCCAAGCAAAUUACCAGUCAAAGACUAUUGAGUGCAAAUUGAGAAAUAAAUGUGCAUCUCCCAAUUCAGUGUGCUUUUUGAGGCCAAGUUUUUCUUUUUUUUUGCAUGGAAGUAGUUCAGAGGGAAGAUUGAAUACAGACUUUUAAAUUGCAAACAGGUGCAAAAACAAUAGAUAAAAUAUGUCCUUGCGUCUUGAAUCAGCGUUAAGUUGCUGUGCGGAGAACACAUUUGCACAGUGAUCUGACAGGUUUAAUAAAGUGCGCAGAAUUAAAACAGAAAAAGUAACUUGAACAGUCGGGCAGCAUUCAUUUGGUGUCAACUCUUGGACAUGUGUGCUGAGUUUAAAAAGACCCAAGCUAAAUGCAGAUUUCUGUGUGAUAUAUCAGGCACACACUUAGGAAAAGUCAAUGUUAUAACAAGUUUUAUCAGCCAAGUCUAUGUUUAAAUACAAAUGCCCCUGGGGUUUGUUUGAUAUUUAAAAUGCAUUUACAAAUGCUGAAGGUAGGACACAUUUUGACUGUGAAACCACAGUGCACCACAGAUGGAUAAGAUAUGGUCUGUGUGGAUGGAAAAUAUAACAGGACAACAAGACUCGUUGCCUGAUUGCAUUCCACCAAGGCCAUGGCUGUGGAGACACACACACUGUGUGAAAUUAGCAGAUGUGCAUUUGCUGAGAGACCUGCAGGUGUCAACUCGGAUCACAGCAUUAGAGGCAACUAUGUAUGGUAUGCUGUCAUCUGACUGGCCAGUUUUCUGUGCCAUGAAACCGAAAUGCCUAUAAAAAUAGGAAGCAUUUAUACAAAAAAGGAAGGUUCAAUAUGCCUUGGGCUUUAAUUCCAAACAUUGUGUUUGUUGUUCAAUUUAUUAUUAUUAUUGUUAUUAUUAUUAUUAUUAUUAUUAUUAUUGCUGAUAAUUUCUAGUGAGUAACUGUCCUUGUAAACUGUUUUUAAAUACAUAGAUAUCUCUGUGUUCAUCUUCUUUUCAGGAAGCAGUGAGGAUGGAGAAAAGGACUAAAUGAGAGAUCUGGGAUUGAAUCGGUCCGUGUUGUCUACAAAGGAAGUACUAAUGCUUUAUUUUGAGAUGUAAAACCCCUUUUUAAAAAAAAACUAAACAAAAACAUUCUGAAGAAGAAUUCUUCCCAGUUCUGUCGUCCUCUCGUAAACAGCACUUGCUGGCGUCUGUGGGUCGUCAGUGCUCGAAGGGAUGCAGUUGAAGUGACAAAAGGGAACAAUGGAGAUGAUGCAACCUCAGUUAUCAUGAUCUGAUUAGUAUACAUUGGUAUACAUGCAUUUCCAAAGUAAUCGGUGAAAUUAACUGAUUGAUUAAAAAAAAGAAACUCUUUAAAGUAUUAUUUUGUAAAAGUAACUGUACAGAUAAAGGAUAUUGUUCUGCAUUUCUGUCUCUUGCUUUACAUUGCAGCAGCUGCUUGACAGCCAGGCUUUUUGAGUAUUGCGCUAUGUCUUUAUUCUGUCAAAAGCAUUAGUCCUUGGCUUAGUUUAACGUAAACAUUUUAUGCAGCCUUGGCUUGCAUGGGUUAACGCGCUACAUAAUAGAUUAGCUUAUAAUGAAAAAAAAAAACUUCAGCAAUAAAA